CUGCAUGCUAUGGAGUACAUCAGCGGAGGGACCCUAUGGAGAGUCAUCAAGAACAGCGUCCGGCUGGAGAUGGACUUAGUAAGAUUCUACGCAGCAGAGCUGGUGUGUGGCCUGCAGUUUCUGCACUCAAAUGGGAUUAUCCAUCGGGAUCUUAAACCAUCUAAUGUCCUAGUAACCAACGAGGGACAUAUAAAGAUUGCCGAUUUUGGCUUGGCAGCUGAGGGAAUCUUUGGCAAUAAAAAGGUCAGAGGUACUAAAGGAACACCUGCCUUUAUGGCCCCAGAGGUAUGUGACUGUGAUGUAAUUUAAAUGUAUAUAACACAGAGGUUCUAAUCUCUGUAAGUAUUUUCUUUGUUUGUAUGUCUGUUUCAUUAACUUUUUUAGGCAUGCCCCAGUGAUAACAUUUGCUUACCUUUUAACCCAGGCUAGCGCAACUCUUCUUUAAAAAAAAAAAACACCUCUUUGAGGGGUGAUUCUGUUAUUGUGCCACCCUAAGGGUACUUUUAAGAGUCUGAGGGUGCAAUGACUCCCUCUGCACUAAAAGA